UCCGGUGGAAAGCUGCUAUGGAGCCUCACACUGCGGGGUAUUUUCUACGCGUGCGUCUGACGUCAUCGCUGAGUGAAUGCGGCUGGAGGAGGCGGAGGAGGAGGAUGGGACACUGCUGAUGCUGAUGCGAGAGCUUUCUCUGUCUGUGAUCAACGUCGGUGGACAGAACCUCGCAUCAUGGAUCUACUUGAUCUCAUUUGAACACCUUAGUUUUAUUUUUCUGGAGAAGGAGAGUCGCUGAUCCGGAGAACGACGCCGGAUCCGAGGAGGAAAUAACGGUUUGGACUCGUCACUCCUCUCUUCUCCUGGCCUGUCUCGGCUGACACAGGUGGACAGAGCGGGGAGGGGAGGUUUAAAAGAAGGAAACGAAAGGAAAUGAAGACAUAGCGUUGAAUUAUAAGCUCCAAGAACGAAAUACUGACCAUUUUCGUUAAUCAGGGCUAAAAUGUUAACCUGUUAGCAGGCUAGUGGGCUAAUUUGUGUAGCUAGUCGGCUAGCAGCCGCCUCGACCAAUGGCCGCGGAGAAGGUAGAUGCUCGAAGGAGGAGUUAGAGCCAGUUGUCCGGCAUAAACACGGCGGAUCCGGGGCUUAACAGCCCCAACAGCUGGAGCUCGUUUCGGCUUUGAGUAGCGCUAAUUACCGUUUGAGGUCCAGCCGUUGGUGCUGGUUUCGGCUCGCAGGCCGUGAGGGAAGGAAGCGGUGCUGAUGUUGGAUGUUUUCUGGCUCAGCAACCAUGACAGAAAACCAGGCUGUGAGUGAAAACAUGUCUUAUGUGUUAAGGUAACGGUUUAGAAGUGUGGGUUUGUUUUUUGUUUUAAUUAAACGGAACUGAUAUUUUGACUUUUAUUCACUGGAAAUUAAAAGUUUCAACCAUUAAAAACAUGGCAGUGAAUUUGAGAAGCUGCUUCCUAACAUAGAGGUUGUGUAGAUGGAGCCUACAGUGGUUUCUGGCCCUUUGGGGCAUGCUCAGUGGGAGCCAGAGCAACCAUUUCCGCUGGGAUUUCAACCAGUGGAUCCAGACAGCGGAGGUGUUCUGAGUCCCAGCAGUAAUGGUCAGACUGGUUUGGACUUCAGGAAAGGUGACUAUGAUGAUGCAACGCCUCAGAAAAGUGUGGAAAAGCCGGUAGCCCUGGAGGACCUCAUCACAGUUUCGGCUUUUUCCUGUGAGGAUCUGCAGCUGGAAGGAAAACAAGCCAGCGCCUAUCUGCAAGGAUUGACUUUAACUGAAAGUUUUGAGGAAAUCAGCGACAGCACUUUGUCGUGGUUCUUCUCUCCAACUCUGACUGAUGUGAUGGGGAAGGAGUUGACUUUAAAAGCUGAUUUCCAUGAGGAAUCCAACGCCGUUGCUGAUCAGGGCGACCUAAUAAGCCUCGGCUCUCCUUUUAACAUCUCCAGGAGGAACUCUGGAGAGCCGUUUCUGCUGGUUGACCUCUCUGGGGUCACCCAGGACUCGCCCACCCGGUUAACCGCUCAGAUUGCUGCAGAGGAGCAGGCAGCGCUCCCUCCCUCUCAGACUUUGUCACCUGAAACCGGAGACAAAGGUUUAUUCCCUGAUCAAGUGACUGAUCUGCCUUUAACCAGCAGCUCUGCUGAGAGCUGCCAUUCGCCGCUUUUGUUGGAUUUUGACAGUCCUGCUUCUGUUGUACCAAAAAAUGAGGCUCAGUCUGCUGUAAUCGGCCAUGUUCCUUCAGAGGAGAGGAGUGAAAACGAUGAAGACUCUGUGGAUUUGAUGGAAGACCGAAGCAGUUUCGCUGCUAAAACGCGAUCAAACCAGGAGGAAAUGGCUCUGGAUCUGUGUUUGACUGCUGAGGAGGUUCAUGACGAUGAUGAUGGUGGUUCAGAGGAGAGGCAGCAUCAGGUGGCGUCUUUUGAUUUAAACCUUCCUCCUCCUCCUCCGGCGGCAAACGCCAGACAAGACGACGCGUCUUCUCUGAAAGCGGUGUUCGACGCCUUGGACCAAGACGGAGAUGGGUUCGUCCGUGUCGAGGAGUUUUUGGAGUUUGCGGCGGCGUACGGGGCAGAUCAGGUGAAGGACCUGACCAAGUUUUUGGACCCCAGCGGUCUCGGCGUCAUCAGUUUCGAAGAUUUCCACAGAGGAAUCUCUGCGAUCAGUAAUGGAGGUCCAGAACCGCAGCUCUACAGCUACAACCCGGGGGACGGCGCCGGCGGCUGCCCAGAGGAGUACGACGAGAACGAGGUGACGGACAGCGCGUACCUGGGCUCAGAGAGCACCUACAGCGAGUGCGAGACGUUCACAGACGAGGACACGGGGGCGCUGGUUCCCCCCGAGAUGCACGAGGACGUGGAGACGGACAGCGGCAUCGAAGCCACGCUGCACGACCCGGACGACGGGGGAAGCAGGUUCUCCCUGAACUCGGAGCUCCACAGCCACUCCCUGGUGACGGUCAUCAGCGGAGAGGAGGAGCACUUUGAGGACUUUGGGGAGAGCAACACGUCGGACCUGCUGCUGGAGACCAGCGCGGACGGCUCCAUGGGGCAGGGCGACGCCGCGCCGCCCGAGCAGAUCAACGGCUCCGCCGUCAUUUCCCCCAGCGCCCCCGCCUGCCUCCCUGACUGUUUCCAGAGCUUCCUCAGGGAGGAGGCGCUGGACUUUUUCUGUAGCCAGUGUCACAGGCAGAUCAGUCGCCUGGAGGAUCUGUCCACACGCCUCAAUUUCCUAGAGAUGACUAGCGCCGGGAAGCGGCUUUCCAGCAAGAAGGUGGCGAGGCAUCUGCUGCAGAACAGCUCCAUGACUCUGGACACCAUGAGCGACCUGACGCGGGACAUCCUGGAGCUCGCCGACAACGACAUCACAGACAAGGUGCUGCUCCUGGAGCGGCGCGUGGCGGAGCUGGAGAAGGAGUCGGAGGCGUCGGGCGAGCAGCACGCCCGGCUGCGGCAGGAGAACCUGCAGCUGGUGCACCGGGCCAACGCGCUGGAGGAGCAGCUGAAGGAGCAGGAGCUGCAGGCCGACGAGCAGCUGCAGCAGGAGAACCGCCGCCACAAGGAGGCGCUGUGCAAGCUGGAGCGCGAGAAGGGGCUGGAGCUGGAGAACGCCCAGGCCCGGCUGCAGCAGCUGGACGACGAGAACAGCGAGCUGCGGUCCUGCGUUCCCUGCCUCAGAGCAAACAUCGAGCGACUAGAGGAGGAGAAGCGGAAGCUCGAAGACGAGGUGGAAACUCAGUCCGACCGGCUGAACGAGGAGACGGAGUCCCGCAGGAAGAUGGCCGACAAGCUGAGUCACGAGCGCCAUCAGAACCAGAAGGAGAAGGAGAGCACCCAGGAGCUGAUCGAAGAUCUGCGGAAGCAGCUGGAGCAUCUUCAGCUCUACAAGCUGGAGGCCGAGGCCAAGCGGGGCCGAACCCCCGGCGCCGGGCUGCAGGAGUACCAGACCCGGACCCGGGAGGCUGAGCUGGAGCAGGAGAUCAAAAGACUCAAACAGGACAACCGAACUCUGAAAGAGCAGAACGACGAGUUGAACGGACAGAUCAUCAACCUGAGCAUCCAGGGAGCCAAGAACCUGAUGUCUGCCUCCUUCUCCGAUUCCCUGGCCGCUGAGAUCAGCUCCGUGUCUCGGGCCGAACUGAUGGAGGCCGUUCACAAACAGGAGGAGAUCAACUACCGGCUCCAGGAUUACAUCGAUAAGAUCAUCGUGGCCAUCAUGGAGUCCAACCCCUCCAUCCUGGAGGUCAAAUAGUCCGAUUAGGAACGGGCGCCGCCGGCUCCACAGGCUGCAAACUUAUUUAUAUCGAACAUCUGGAACCAGGAAAACAAGGGAGGAUGUAAAAAUUAAUUUAUUGGACCUUCUUUCAACACUCAUGACUCCAAACUGGAUUAGAAAAUGACGAUAAAUUUCUAGAGUCCAAGGCUGUCAGUAAAAGAUGAGCUUGUUUUCGUUUCUUUUCGGUUUGUGUGGAUGUGUGCGUUGGCGCCGUUGGGUUCUGGUGACUUCCAUGUAUUUGGCUGGAGGAACCCGAGCCCCCCCUGGUGGAUGAAUGUGGAAAUGCAAGCGUAGAUUAGAUCCUCCUUUACUCCCAAUCAGCUUCUAAUCGACCUAAAACCAGUUCUACCAAAACGCCUUAAAGGAGGGUUGAUCAAAGUAUUUAAUUCUGCUGAGCGCACCGCGAGCAACUCGGUCCGACCCGAGGAAACCCGACCCAGGCUGAGUCGUGUUUUCACCAACCGCAUGAAGCGCAGGUCAGGGGUCAGCGACGGUCCGUUUCUAUAGCUCAACCCGAUGAGGGAGGUUUCUCCUGACCAGAAACUCCUCCAGGGUUUCCUUUAGAGAGAGAGCAAGAGUGUGUGUGUGUGUGUGUGUGUGUGUGAGACACGUUCCCUUGCUUUUUCUGUUUGUGUGAACCAAGAUGGCGACACUAAAUGUGGUGAAAAGCAUAAAACAAUCAUUGCUGUAGGGGAGAAAACUAACAAGAUGAAAGAAGUGAUUUAUUGUUUGGUUUAUGUUUACAAUGAAACAGGGUCCUGGAUGUCAGGUGGGCUGGAGCAGCACUACAAACAUUUAAAGGGCCAGCUGCGCAAAAUAAGCACUUCUUCUUUCUCUCUGUCCGCAACGAUUCAGGAUAAAUCCAGAGAACUCGUCCCCAGAAACUAAUCCCAACGAGUUAGCCAUUAGCCGUUAACCUCCAAAAACAUCAGUUUGGUUUAUGUGAAUCUUAUUAACCUUUAAACAGUAAUUUACAGAGACAGAUCGCUGGAGGCGGUGCGCCACUAAAAGUCUUCCUGUCUGAAAAAUGUGAAGCUAAUGGCUACUACGAAAAGAAUUAGCAGGUAACCUCCAAAGAUGAAUCAAAUUCACAAAAAUCACAUUGAUAAUUUGAACAGAGAUAAUCAUUAUUUGCAUGGAGGCUGGAGGCAGUGCACCACCAAUAGUCUUCCUGUGUGAAACGCCUAUGAAGAAUGGAAAAACUGAAGCAUUUAUAGUCGGGAUUGUGUUUUUUUGUUUUGUUUUUUUAAAGCAAUGUAAGAAGCUAAACAUUUAUAUAAAUUGAUUUGUUUGUGUGUCUGGUACUUGUUAUGAUCAGUGUGUUUCACACAGGAAGAUUAUUGGAGACACACCACCUCUUUAGUUCUCCAUCUACAAACUCAGCAGUUUUUGUUUAAAAAGAAAAAAAGCUUAACUCAAUGUAACGGUUAGCUUGAGGCUAAAGCUAACUCUGGAUUUACUCUGUAUUAGGACUCCAAGUGAGCAUGACACUGUAGGGUAAGAUAUUGACUGCUCAUAGCCCUUCAUCAGGACCUCAGUUCAGUAAUUCUGCGCUGUCCCUUUAAAUGAAUCCCGACCAUCCCAGUACAGCCCGCCUGAUCCCAGCGUCGUCUUGCUGAGUGAAGCAGGAAAGUUCAACGUUUUUACUGCAACUAUGAAAUGCCGGCAUUUUGACAAGUUGUAUGUGAAGAAUUUAGCGGUUGUUUUGCACUAUGAUUGUUUUUUUGUUGUUUUUGGAAGUGGGAUGAAAUGUUAUGAAGGGAUAAUUUGUAGGAAUCUGUUGAAGAGCGAAAAGUAUCACACUACGACGCCAUGUUGAGUCGAACCAUCGAUGAUUCUGCAGCGUUUCUUUAAAUGCAACUCCGAGCAUCAAGCUUGGAGAUUUCAGACGUUUUUGUAGCAAUAAUGCAGGAAAUGAAUGGAGGUGGUGAUUCUUUUCUUCUGCUGGGUGAAGACAUCAUGAACUGAUUCUGGACUCCAACGCCGACCUGGAUGUGGAUUUAUAUCACGACCUUUGACACCAGUACGUCUAAGAUUUCCUCGUUUUUUCACUCUGUUCGCCUCUUUCUCACUGCUCUUCACUCGCCACUCCAUGAAGGAAAAGACAAAAACAAAAAAACAAUGGCCUUGGAUGUAAAUGUCUUGUAAAGUUUUUUUCUACACUCAUUCUAGAUUCUAGGUAUUUUUCUAGUCGCAGCAGAGGAACGAAGGUCGCCUGUAGCAUGUAGCGUGUAUAGUUUCCGUCGGGGUUCUUCGUCUCACGCCGGUAUUUAUUCGUCGACGGCUCACACCGACCUGUUCUGCUGAAACAAAUAUGUUUGUGCUUUA